AUGCUCAUUGGCCAUGCAGCUGAUUCACAGCAAUGGGCCUCCCAGCUGCUCAAUCCAGAUCGAAAGACAGCCGACGGUUUAGAGUGGGAAUGCCCUCCGCUUGUGCUGUCCAUCGAUGACAUGUCCGGCAAUACGUCCAAGCAAUGGAACAUUCAUUACUCUUGUUAUCUGUUGAAUGGUGGGCUCCCACGUGCAAGCAUCGAGAAGGAGAAGAACAUCAAACUUGUCGCAACUUCCCCAAAUGCAUCACCAAUGGAGAUGAUGCAAGGAAUUUCUGACGAACUGCGUCCUAUCGGACUCAGUGCAAAUUAUUUCUGUCGCUGCUGUCAUGUUGGCGGCACCAAGGUGCCGAAAGAAUCUGAUGAAGGGUUUGCAUCAUUGCUAUUGACUGGGAGACCUCGGACGGUCAAAGAGACACAUGGUGCCGUAAUCAAGCAGCUUCAUCUAAAAAGGGUGAAAGACGCCAGGACGGAUGACGGCGUCAAGGAUUCAUUGGCUGUACCCAUAAUUAAUAAGUUCUUGGCGGCCGACAAAGCCAUGCGCAAGACGAUGCCGAUGCAGCGAAUGGCAUUGUCACCUGCUGAGACCAUCUGGAUAUUGGAGAAAACAGGUAAAUUUGCAGCGUUCCAUGCCAAACUCAGUUCGCUUGAGCGAGCCGGACUCUGCAUUCCCAAUAUAAUGGCUGGCUACAUGUGUCGUUAUCGUGGAAGUCUUAUUGGCAAGCACUUCAAGACCAUCUCGUAG